AUGGGCUGCUGUGGUUGUUUUGGGUUUUCAUUUGCAAAAAAACACAAGAAUCAGAGGCCAAGGGUACAGGGGGGAAAUUAUGUUCUCCAGGGGUUAUUAAAUGAAGAGGUGGAAGAAGAUGAGGAGGAAGAAGAAGAAGAAGAUCAUCACUCAUAUACUGACAACAUGACAGAUACUGAAAAAGGAGAUCAUGAAGAGCUUAGAAGCCCUGCUAAAACCUCUCAAGAGAUUCUUAUUUACAGGACAGAAAACGGAUUAAUUUGCAGAGAGUUUCCUGUUAAAGAAACCCACAAAGUUAUUCGAUCAGAGGAUGAAAAUGGGAACAAAAUGGUGAAUGAGUAUGUUCGCGAGUGUAAAAUUGGAGCUGGUAGCUAUGGCAAAGUGGUUCUUUAUCGAAGCCAGAUUGAUGGGAAGCAUUAUGCCAUUAAGGCUUUUCACAAAUCUCAUUUAUUAAAACUACGUGUUGCUCCAUCUGAAACAGCCAUGACUGAUGUUCUUCGUGAGGUUUUAAUCAUGAAAAUGCUAAAUCAUCCGAAUAUAGUGAAUCUUGUUGAGGUGAUUGAUGAUCCUAACACAGAUCACUUUUACAUGGUUCUUGAAUAUGUUGAAGGGAAAUGGGUGUUUGAAGGUGCGGGCCCGCCAGGUGGCCUAGGAGAAAAUCUUGCAAGGAGAUAUUUGCGCGAUAUAGUAUCUGGAUUGAUUUAUCUCCACUCUCAUAAUGUUGUUCAUGGAGAUAUAAAACCUGAUAAUCUUCUGGUAACUGGUGAUGGGAAAAUAAAGAUUGCUGAUUUCAGUGUGAGCCAAGUUUUUGAGGAUGAAAAUGAUAAGCUUCGCCGCUCCCCUGGGACGCCUGUUUUCACCGCUCCCGAGUGCUGUCUAGGUAAAAAUUAUCAUGGUAAAACUGCGGAUACAUGGGCGGUUGGAGUUACUUUAUAUUGUAUGAUAUUGGGACAAUAUCCUUUUCUUGGAGACACACUACAAGAUACGUACGAUAAGAUUCUUAAUAGUACUAUAUUUCUCCCCGAUGAUAUGAACCCCAUGCUCAAGAACCUUAUCGAAGGGCUUCUCUGCAAAGAUCCUAUGGAGAGAAUGAGUCUCGAAACGGUUGCAGAGCAUUCGUGGGUGAUGGGAGAUGAGGGGCGGGUCCCGGAAUAUGCUCUAAAUUUUGGGUCCCCUACAGACAUGGGCCUUGGACGGUCGUCUGGGUUGCUCACCGUCUGGACUGGCCCUAGCGAACGUCAAGAAGGAAUGUCAAAGGUUGCAGCGAACAGGAGAGUUGAUGAAAGGGAAAGCAGUCGAUGA